GGGGGCCAGGCUGGUUUUCUUUUUGCCGUUGAAGGAAGAAUAAAAGAGCCUGAAGAACACCAAGGCCCUCGAGUUCUCCGAGGUGGAAACAUCCAAGACUUGGCCGAGUGGACUCCUCAUCGUCUUCGGGUCCUUCUGUUAUCCCUCCUCCGUCGUUAGAAGUUGAACCCGGCCAGAAGACGCCUGUAUCAAUCAACAAUGUCUGCUCCUGCUGGGCCGGACCCGACGGGCAUGGUCGGCAUGAUGCCACCACCGCCGAACGUGACCCCCGACUUCUACCAUACGACAUCCGUCCAAAUCGCCUUCAUCGCCGUUUUUGGCGUAACCUUCGCGUUGGCCACGAUAGCACUCUUGCUGCGUUUCUACACUCGAGUCUUCGUGGUGAAGUCCGUGGGACUCGAUGAACCAUUACUUAUCAGCGCGUGGGCGGUGACCCUGGCCUUCUUCGUUGUCUCGGUGCAAGCGAUGCCAUCAGGGUUUGGCAGGAAUAUGUACGAAGUAACACAGCUACAGCUCGUGGGAUACCUCGAGAAACUCCUCAUGUUAGCGUUAACCUACAUCUGGCCGCCAACCCUGACCAAGCUCUCUAUCCUCGUCCUCUACUGGCGCAUUAGUCCGGACAGAACCUUCCGAAUCUGUAUCGUCGCCACCGCCGUGGUGCUGAUCGCUUACACGGCCACCUUCACCGGCCUGUUUUGCGGACCCUGCAACCCCCUCCUCGGCACCCCUGAGAGCGCAGUCUGCCUCAACAACAUUGCCGUCUCCCAGGCCGUUCUGAACAUCGUCACCGAUGGCGUCAUCAUCAUCCUGCCGAUCCCCACCAUCCACGGCUUGAACAUGGCCCUGAAGCAGCGUGUUACCGUCGGCCUCAUUCUGGGCCUUGGGUCAGCCGCCUGCAUCGCGUCCAUCGUGCGCGUGGCGUACGUGCGGGCCAUGGUGGCCAACCCGGACGUCACCUUCACGCAGUGCUCGGCCGCGGUGUGGUCGCUGCUGGAGAUGAACCUGGGCAUCCUGUGCAACUCGCUGGCGGCGCUCAAGCCCUUUGUGCGCCAGCACAUGCCCAACCUCUUCUCGUCCAACGGCUGGGGCAGCGACGACCGCAAGCCGGGCGCCGGCAGCUCGUCGUCCGGGUACCCCUCCAAGCGCAGCAAGAGCCGCGCCUGGGGCCACACCUACCAGCUCCACAGCGUCGGCGCCGGCAAGCCCGAGGACCACCCGAAUGCUGUCAAGGAUGAUAUUGUGGUCGAUCAGCAGUUCACCGUCGAGUAUGAUACCAACCGCGCCAAGGCCGCCACCAUGACUACCCGGAGCGGUGGGAGUACGGAGAGUAUACUGGCGCCGCAGUAUCCGGCCCACCAGCCAGUUUGAGGCGGGGGGUUGGGCGUGGUGCGGGAGGGGGGGCUCGGCAACCGUGGGCUGCGGUG